AUGCAGGCAGACGACGUGAUAUGGUCUGUUAUCAACCACCAGUUUUGCUCAUAUAAAGUCAAAACAACCACCCAAAAUUUCUGCAGAAACGAGUACAAUGUCACCGGACUCUGUAAUCGUCAGUCAUGUCCGUUAGCAAACUCGCGAUACGCUACUGUGAGAGAGAAAGAGGGUGUUCUAUACCUUUACAUGAAGACGAUCGAACGCGCGCACUCCCCUGCACACAUGUGGGAGCGAAUAAAACUCUCCAAUAAUUACUCCAAGGCACUGGAACAGAUAGAUGCAGAGCUCAUCCACUGGCCGAAUUUCACCAUUCAUAAAUGCAAGCAACGAGUGACCAAAAUAACACAAUAUCUCAUCAAAAUGCGUCGAAUGAAACUUCGGCAACAACCAAAACUCAUCGGUGUCAAGAAAAAGCUUGACCGUCGCGAAGCUACCCGCGAGCGCAAAGCACUCUCCGCUGCCCACCUCGAAAGGUCGAUAGAAAAGGAACUCAUCGAGCGUCUCAAAUCCAAGGCAUACGGCGAUGCCCCUCUGAACGUCAACGAGUCUGUCUGGCAAGCGGUCCUGGAUAUGGAGAAGAAGGGUAAAAACAGAGUCGUUACUGAAGGCGAAGAAGAGUUGUUGGACGGAGAGGAACUGGAGCUGGAGGAUGACGAGACGGAUGAAGAGGACGAGGAAGAGCUUGAGGCUGAGAUGGAGGAAGAAUGGGGGGAUCGGGAGUUCGUUAGUGAUAUAAGCGAAGAUGAGGAUGAGGACGGGCUGAGCGAUUUGGAGGAUGUUGUGGACGGCGCUUCCGAGGACGAUGAUUCAGGCGAGGAUGCUGAAAAUGACGAUGACCCAAAAGCGACCCUUGGGAAACGGAAGCAAGCACCUUCAACGAAGAAAGCCCCACCCUCAAAACGACCAUCGAAAGGAAGAAGGCAGGGCCCCCGUGUGGAGGUCGAGUACGAACACGAAAUGGAGAGUGUACCACUUACAAGAUCAGUGUUGGCGAACUGGUAA